AUGGCUUCUGUCGGUGCCUUAUUAAUGUUUUUGCCUGUUGCAUGGACAUGCUCUCCCCAAAAAGCAGACUACGUUAUGGUGUCAUGUUUCCCCAACGCCAUCAUUGCCAAUGUCCCAGAGUGUCCUUACGGCUGGGAGAUCGAGCAGCUGUCGCUGGGCGGAGUCUGUUACUCUGGAAUUCACAGCCCAGGCUUCUACCGCUUCAGCAUCCCGGACCUGACACCCAAAAACCACUCGUACUGCGGCACCCAGUCUGAGUACGUGGCCGGCAAAGACCCCAAGUACAUCUUCUCCAACUCCAUCGUGUCCAACGACACGUCGCUCACAGUCAGAAACCAGCCGGUCAACUACACCUUCAGCUGCGUGUACCGAGCAGCGUACCUGCUCAACAACGCCGUGUUCAGCCAAAGCGUUUUUACUAAACCCUCUGCUUCUUCCAGAGUGGCUACAGUUUAUGUCAACAACGGGAGUUUAGGCACUUUUAGAUCACAGUUGUCUAUGAAUGUGUUCACGAAUUCAAAGUUCCUGAACGCCAAGGACUCCCCGUAUGUGAUCGACACUUCUGAGAUCGGCUCUGAAGUUUUCAUCGGCAUCGAGGCAAAAGGCCUAAGUAACAGAUUCAAAGUUGUAAUAAACAACUGCUGGGCCACUCCUACUCCUUACUCAACAGACAAGAAGAGGUGGAGUCUCAUCAUUAACAGCUGCUCCUCCGACAAGACUGUGACUAUUUUUGAGAACGCCAAAGACAGCCGCUCCACCUUCAAGUUCAACUCUUUCCGCUUCCAGCGGCUGGAGAAGGUUUCAACUGUCUGGCUUCACUGUGAGGUCCAGGUCUGUGACGGAGAGAGACUCAACUGUCAGCCAGCCCCCUGCUCCUUCAGAAGUCUGUCAUCACAGGUAGAACCAAGUGGGGGGAUCCUCACUGCUGAGUUUCACAUUAAAGGUAUUGAUUCCUCCAAUAAUGGACACAUGACAGGCACGUCACUAUUCAUGCUGCUGGUCGUGCUCAUAAACACAUGCUGUGAUUUAGUAAAUGGAUCAAGAAUGUAG